ACUAAUGUAGCAGAUUAUAAUAUGUUGGUUAAGAUUACAAAAAUGGUUAGCGUUAGCUAAAAUGCACACACAAAAAUAAAACUUUUGACAAAAGCUGGAUCCCUUCUAGUCAUGGCCGUGUUUCUCCCACGGUGACAUGUCUCAAAAAAUGCCAGUUGCAAUUACUUCGUUUUCACUUUCUAAAAUUUUAAUCAGCGAUUGUAGUUUUUGUUUUUAAUUAAUAAUGAGUUUUUCUAACAUUAUUGUAUUUUUUUUAUUAUUAUAAUUGAUGUUAAUGGAGUCGUGCAGGCGCGGGUGCAGCUGGGGUCUUACGGUUGGAAAAAGCGCCAAGUCCUGCGCACAUCGCGUGGUUUAUCAAAUGGUUAUACAAAUAUACUAUGUAAUUGAAUAAGUUAUCGCAGAAAUCGAAAAUAAAGUACAUCAUGACUCAGUAAGUGUGGAGCGCUGUUGUGUUGGCUGUAUCAUCAAAUACUAAAUACGGUCGAAGAUGCCCGGCCUACAGGGCGAUGCCGCGGCUCUCGGGAGCCCCAUCAAAAAGAGCAAACUCUCCCUCAAGUUUUUCCAGAAGAAGGAGACGAAGCGAGCCUUGGACUUCUCCGAACCUCAAGUAGAGGAACCAAAACCAGUCAGAGUUGAACCUGAGGAGCCUUCAAGCUGUGACCAGGUUGUGCCAAUCCCACUGCCUGGACCUGCCCCGUGUCCAACCUCUCCCAUCUGCCCAAGUGACAAGGGAGAGGAGACGCUGGUGCCCUUUGUUGGGCUCAAUAACCUGGGAAACACCUGUUACCUGAACAGCAUUCUACAGGUAUUGUACUACUGUCCUGGGCUCAGAGAUGGCAUCAAGAACCUCUACAGUUUGUCCAAAACAAGGGACAAGCAAAAGGAAGAGGCUGCUAAUAGUGAUGAGCACACAGAGGGUCCAGAGGAGGCGGUGCCAGUACACAUGGAACUGCUGGGUAGUUUCCACAGUCUGAUCACCUCGGUAGAGCAGCUCCAGUCCAGCUACCUGCACAACCCUGACAAGUACAGUGAUGGGGAGCUGGCCACACCUCCACGCAAGCUACUAAACACACUCAGACAGCUGAAUCCCAUGUACGAAGGCUACCUACAGCACGAUGCCCAGGAGGUGCUGCAGUGCAUCCUGGGAUACAUCCAGGAGGCCUCUGAGACCAUCAGGAAGGAACAGGAGGACCAGGACGAUAUCAUAGAGGUCAAGCCAGGCAGUUCUGCCUCUGUGGGCACCAACGGGGCUUCAACAGAAGAGCAGGCCCAAACUUCAGAAAAAUCACUUGAUGAUGAUGAUGGCCAAACCAGUGGUAAGAGGAAGAGCGAUACAGAGGCAGGCAAUGCCAAGAAGAAGCCAAAAUCUGUCAAGUCCAAGAAUGCUGCUGCUGUUGCAGCCAACGAUGGCAAACCCCUCACUCGCUCCAAGAGAAAGUCUACUGGUGGCAUCACUGUAGCGCCAAAAGACAAAGCUGAAGAAGAGGGGGAGAAAAAGCAGGAAGAAGAGGGAGAGGAGGAAAGUAAUGUGGAGGGGAAAGGAGAGGUAGAGGUGGCCCCUAAAGAAGUGGAGGUUAAGGGGAAGAAGAGACCCAAGUUGUGCUGGCCGAGGCACUCGGGGAAGCAGCCCAGUAUCUUCUCUAAGUUCAUGAGUAUGGGACGGAUCAGCUGCCACACAGGAGGGAAGACCGAGACAGUCAAACCUGACCAGGAGGAGACGGGUCCUAGCCAACCUCAGGAGAAUGAUGAUGGGGAACACGGGAGGAACCCUCAGGAGAAGGUAACAGAAGUGCCCGAGGAGGAGAAAGCUAAAAGUGAAGAGUGCCUGGGUGUGGACAUGAUGGAGCAUCUGUUCCAGGGCUGUCUGGUGUUGAGGACGCGUUGUCUGGAGUGUGAGUGUUACACCGAGAGGAGAGAAGACUUCCAGGACAUCAGUGUCCCAGUGCAGGAGGAAGAACCCUGCAGCCCAGACAGCAGCUCAGAGGUCUCCCCUGAUCCCAAACCGGUGCUGAAGACUCUGACGUGGGCCAUCUCCCAGUUUGCCUCAGUGGAGAGGAUUGUAGGGGAGGACAAGUACUUCUGUGAGACCUGCCACCACUACACAGAGGCUGAGAGGAGUCUCCUGUUUGAUAAAACCCCAGAGGUCGUCACUAUCCAUCUCAAGUGUUUCUCAGCCAACGGGUUAGAGAUGGACCCGUACGGCGGCCUCUCAAAGGUGAACACCCCUCUACAGACCCCACUGAAGCUCUCUCUGGAGGAGUGGUGCACGUACCCCUCAGCCACUGCCACCGGAGGGCAGCACUACCAGCUGUUUGCUGUGGUCAUGCACAGCGGGGUCACCAUCUCCAGCGGACACUACACCACUUACAUCAGGAUGAUGGACCUUAAGGACACCAAGGUCCGCCUGCCCGAGGGGGAUGAGAAGCAGGGAGAAGAGGACUGUGGCGGGAAAGUGCCGGGUCCGGAACCCAAAGAAGAGGUGCUGUAUUAUGACGAUGGGGAAGUGUCCUUCAGUCUCCGUGGUAAAGCAGGACAGAGUGGUUCUGUGAAUGCUAAUUCCACCAACACCAGUAAGAUGGGCUCCAAGAAGGCUUCAGACGGGGUAGGACUUCUGGGGGGUCAGAGGAGCCUGUCCAGCUAUGACCUAGGGGGCAACAAGCAGACAACCAACCCAGACAAAGCUGCCUGUACUGGGGUAGAGAGCAACACCACCAGAUCAUCCAGACGGACCUCCAGUGCCCCGGGACACAGUGGUAGUGGAGGGGUUAAGAAGGAGCCUGGGGAGGGUGAGGGGCGCGAGGAGGCCUCUGUGGCUGGGUGUGAGGGGUUUGGGGUGGCUACGGAGCAGGCCCUAAGCAGCCUGCUGCAGUAUGAAGGGAAGUGGAUGCUGUUUGACGACUCUGAGGUGCGUCUCUUUGAGGAGGAGGACUUUCUGAGAGCCUGUUCUCCAGAAACCUGCUCCACAUCUACCCCAUAUCUUCUGUUCUAUAGGAGGGUCUGAAACUUCUCUGUUUGUGGGUGAAUGAAGUAUUUUCUCAGAUGUCAUAGGGAAAUGUCGAGAGCAUUGGAAAAGAUCUCCUGAGGUUUUGAGAACGAGUCAACUUGAGAUUCAGCCUGGUUGGCUUGCUGGGUUUGAUACUCCUGUCACUGAUGUUUAUAACCUGUAUAUGUCCUUUUUAAAAUGUUUUACUAUUCAGUUUAUCCUCUUUUUUGUGUGCUGGUAAUAUAACAUUAGCAGUCUACAAAAAUGCACCUUCGCACUUAUGACAUCAAGCAACCUGCCCUUUGAUUUUCCUGCCCUCGUGUUGGAAGUGGUCUGAAUGGAAAGUACAAGGUUUCUCCCUGGCACCUUUUUUUUUUUCAGAUUAUUUUUUUAUAAAGAGCACAUUUUUAUUCUUGUACAUCUUUAUCCUGUUCUGGCUUCAUGCCUUCUGUCUGUUGAUUAAUGUUCAUACUGUUGGUCUGUCAGAAAUAAGAGGAUUAGUUUUGGCCAUAAUGUUUAAGUUCAGUUAGAUUCAGGCACUGGCCGUCUGGUUCUUGGUGGAAGAACUUUUGCACGUGAAAACUAAAUUACUUCUCUUGGUUGGUCAUUUUGUACAAGGUUUUAUAAGUGAAUUAAAGCAGCGAUGAAAUACCUAGCCAAUAAGAUAGACGAUCACUUUACAAAAUGCUAGUACAACAAUGCAUAGCUGUUAGUCUCAGAUUUGAUAUGUAUAGAGGGGCAAGUGGACUGUUUUGUCUUCAGGGAUUGUCUACCCUAGGGCUCUAUUCAAUCCGUAUUGCAGAAGUUCAGCUUUAAAUUUAACGCCAAUGUUCCUGCUUUAGUGGAAACUGCAUUCACGGUAGACUGCGGAUAUCUGCUCAAUGGGGAAAUGACCUUUAAAUGUAUAUCGCGGAAUCUAAUGUUUCAGCUUUACAGAUUGAAUAGAGCCCCUAGUCUUGGCUUUUUCCUCGGUUGGUUUUCUCCUGAAGUUGUCCAGUUCUGUUCAAUGGCAGUACUUCAUUCCAGUGAAAAAGGUCUGUGGCCAAACUGUCUGACUUACUGGCCCUAUGAAAGAGCAUACCUAGAAUGAUAAAGUACUACACAAGCAAUAAAGUUUGAACUUUCAUGUAAAACGGA